UGUUUCCCCUUUAGGACGGUCAUACCUGCAUUCCGGGGUUUGUACUGUAUGAGAUGGUGGGUGGCUAUUAAGGGCCAAUUCGUGUCCCUUCAAAAGGCAUGUUGAAGUCUUAAACCAGAGCCUCAGAAUGUGACAGUCAUUGCAGAUGUAAUUAGUUAAGAUUAGUCAAGACCACCAUAGAGUAGGACCUCACCCCAUAAGACUGGUGUCCUUAUAAAAAUGGGGAAAUUUGGACUUUAAGACAUCACACAGGAAGGUAGAGAUGAAGGCAGAGGUCAGGGCAAGGCACCACAGCUUGCCAGCAACCACCAGAAACAAAGGAAGAGGCCUGGAGCACAUUUCUUCUCCACAGUCUUAGAAAGAAGGACUUGUCUGAGAUCACACAGACAUCCAGCCUCUGGAGCUACCAGACAAUGCAUUUCUGUUUCUUAGGCCACUCAGGCUGUUCUAUGCUGCUAGAGCCACCUGUUUUUGAUGAUAUUGUUUGUUACUGCUGUCUUCCUGCACUUUUCUCAGUUAAAGGGCAGAGCAAGAUCUUUUGUUCCUUGGGUAUAUUCAGGAACUACUUUUGGCCACUACAGCACCCCUUAGUUCAUAACACAUAGAACUUGGCUGUCUCAACAGAGCCUGAAAGAGCCCCUGUGCAGAACAUGUCCUCACAAGCACUCACGAGGAUUAACUCACUCAAUUCUUGCAUCAGUCCCAGGGGGUGGGGAGUAACUGAUGCAACCUCCACUUCAUAGGUGUAGCAAUGAGAUGCAGAGCUGGGAUGUCACCUAGCUAGAAAGGGGCAGGCUGCCUCUUACCCACACUGAACUGGAAACUGCAGUCUUAGAGCACAGAUAUGCUCUAAGAGCCAAACAUGAAUUUGGCUGUGUGUGAUAAAAAAAGAAAAAAAAAAAAACAGCAAUCAUACUGGCUUCACUAAGGGAAGUGUGGAAGAGAUGCUUUCUCCCUCUUCCAGGACCCACGACUUCCUGCCUUGCACCUUUUCAUCCCACCAUCACAAUGGUGACCAGAAUAUUGAGGAGGAUGGUUUACCUUCGUCCUGCUGUUCAGAGAGUUUCUGCAGGGCUUGUCUUCUUAGCACUUUUGGGCACAGUUGUAGGUGACAAGCUCCUGGUGGUCCCUCAGGAUGGAAGCCACUGGCUUAGUAUGAAGGAUAUAGUGGAGCGUCUUGGUGAGAGGGGGCAUGACAUCGUGGUGGUGGUACCAGAAAUCAAUUUGCUUUUGAAAGAAUCCAAAUACUACAAAAGGAAAAUCUAUCCAGUGCCGUAUGACCAGGAAGAGAUGGAGAGCCGUUACCGUUCCUUUGGGAACCACCACUUUGACCAGAGAUCACUCCUGACUGCAGCACAGACAGAGUAUAGGAACAACAUGAUCGUCAUCGACAUGUACUUCUUCAACUGCCACAGCCUCCUGAAGGACUCUGCCACUCUGAAGUUCCUCCAGGAGAGCAAGUUCCAUGCUCUUUUCACAGACCCUGCCUUACCCUGCGGUGUGAUCCUGGCUGAGUACUUAGGCCUGCCCUCUGUGUACCUCUUCAGGGGCUUCCCCUGCUCCGUGGAGCAUGCAUAUGGCCAAAGUCCAAACCCUGUGUCCUACAUUCCCAGGUGUUACACGACAUUUUCAGACCACAUGACUUUCCCCCAACGGGUGGCCAACUUCAUUGCUAAUUUCCUGGAGAGCUAUCUAUUUUAUUGUCUGUAUUCAAAGUAUGAAGAUGUUGCAUCAGAUAUCCUACAGAGAGAUGUGAGCUUACCCACCUUAUAUCAAAACGCUGUGUGGCUGUUAAGAUAUGACUUUGUGUUGGAGCAUCCCAGGCCAGUCAUGCCCAACAUGGUCUUCAUUGGAGGGAUCAACUGCAAGAAGAGGGGAGAGCUGUCUCAGGAAUUCGAAGCCUAUGUUAACGCCUCUGGAGAGCAUGGAAUUGUGGUUUUCUCUUUGGGAUCAAUGGUCUCCGAGAUUCCAGAGAAGAAAGCUAUGGAAAUUGCCGAUGCUUUGGGCAAAAUACCUCAGACGGUCCUGUGGCGCUACACUGGAAGUCGACCAUCAAAUCUUGCCAAGAAUACGAUACUUGUCAAGUGGUUACCCCAAAAUGAUCUGCUUGGUCACCCAAAGACUCGUGCGUUUAUCACACACUCUGGUUCCCAUGGUAUUUAUGAAGGAAUAUGCAAUGGUGUUCCAAUGGUGAUGAUGCCCUUGUUUGGUGACCAGAUGGACAAUGCAAAACGCAUGGAGACCCGGGGAGCUGGUGUGACCCUGAAUGUCCUUGAAAUGACUUCUGAUGACUUAGCAAAUGCUCUCAAAGCAGUCAUCUAUGACAAAAGCUACAAGGAGAACAUCAUGCGCCUCUCCAGCCUUCACAAAGACCGUCCCAUAGAGCCACUGGACCUGGCUGUGUUCUGGGUGGAGUACGUGAUGAGACACAAGGGGGCCCCACACCUGCGCCCUGCAGCCCAUGACCUCACCUGGUACCAGUACCACUCCUUGGAUGUGAUUGGCUUCCUCCUGGCCAUCGUGCUGACAGUGGCCUUCAUCAUCUUUAAAUCUUGUGCCUAUGUCUUCCGGAAAUGCUUUGGGAAAAAGGGGCGAGUUAAGAAAGCCCACAAAUCCAAGACUCACUGAGAAGUGGGUGGGAAGUAAAGGGAAAUUUCAACAUAUUCUCAAUCAGUUGCACACUUGAAAGCAAAAUCAGUGUUAAAUUCAUUUUAUUCUUAUCAAGGAAGUACUUUGCCGUAAGUUAGACAUCCCCAGAGCACUGUUUAAAAAUAAAAAGUAUCCAGUUGAUCAUACCUCUAGGUAAAAUAUUGAAUGUGCAUCCUUCUUCUCCAGUCUUUAAUCUGACUAUACCUGUCAUGUGAGAUAUGACAGAGAAAAGUUGGCACUUUCUUUGACUUUCUUAGCAAGGUGGCCUCUUUACCACAGAUUCAAAGGUCUCAUGCUACUCCCAUCCCCCCACACUUUGGAUGAUAACAUUAUCAUCUUUUUGCUAUAGAUUUGUGGUCAGUUCUUUCCCCAGUGAUGGUCAUUCCUCAUUCAUGUUCAUGCUUCACAGGUGUCACUUUGUAUGUGUAAAGAACGAAACCUGCACUUUUAGGGUGUACUUGGUAUAAUUGAAUGGUUUGGAUUCCUUGAGAACAUUGUGUCAUUUCUGACCUUGAAGAAAAGAAUAAUGCUAUGAGCUUGAUGGGUGGUGUAUUUGAGAGAAUAAUCACUGCUGUGCCAGGUGGAUCUGCAUUUGAUAAAGCACUGUGCUGGGCAAAUGUAUUUUCUGUAAUGUUU